AUUACUGUAACACAAAAAGGAAUACGUAAUUUCUUGAGAACUCAACAGCUUGCGCCAAUAGGCAAAAUAUGUGCUUUGAAUUCAACUAAAAUGUAUGCAAAUAAGUUAGAAAUGGUGCUACUAAUGCUCAUGAUGGCACAAACACGUCUCGUAAAAAGUAAAUAUGUUUUUGUUUGGUUAUCUUUUGGAAAUUGUAGAAGUAAAACAUUUUCCUUCUUCAGAAGUUCCAGCUAGGCAGGCUAACAAGCUAAUUCAUUUGCUAGCUAUCAUACAGUAGGUGUAUAUUAAUAAUAUAAGAAGACAUGCAAUCAUAAUUGACUGUAGCGCAUAUAAAGCACCCAGCCCUGGGCUGCAGUCGCGAAUUGAAUUAUGGGGAGUUUCAGGCCCUGGAGUGAACAUAAUUGUACACUCGCAAAGCCGACUAAAAAUGUUGCAAACGUCUCUUGCUUGGCUAAUCAUUUGGACUACCCUCCAAGAUGGCCAUUCCCCCAAGGGCAUAAGACAAGGGUGUGUCUUUUAAGUGUUUGGACCGCAUCCCUGGUAUCGUAGCGUCGGAGAUGACUAGGAACUUUGUUCAGGUGCACAGAUGUUUCGUCACUGAUCAUUUGGAUAAAUAAUGAUUUCGCAGGUGUUCGCAUCUUUCCAAUUUCGGAAGGGGAGGGGACAUUUAACCCAUUUGUUUUAGAUACCGCACUGGCUUCCGCUCCACAUCCUAGUAAAUAUUUGCUUCUAUCAUGUCUCCGCGCAGAACUUAAUUGAGCAUCUGACGAAAUUACGCAAGAUUUUAGUUCAGGUUCCGAGAUUACAAUAUCUAUAAUUUCACUCUAUGAUCAUUGAAGGCUUUUUGAAUGACACGUGGAACAACAGGUACUCUGAGCCCAUCCCUGCCACAUCCCUGACCACCCUGUGGUCCAUCUCCGUGGCCAUCUUCUCUGUCGGGGGCAUCUUCGGCUCCUUCUCCGUGGGCCUCUUUGUCAACCGCCUGGGCAGGAGGAACUCGAUGCUCAUCGCCAAUGUGCUAGCGUUCAUCGCUGCCGGGUUCAUGGGCUUCUCCAAGCUGGCGGUGUCGUGGGAGAUGCUGAUCAUUGGCCGCUUCAUCGUGGGACUUUACUCCGGCCUGUCCACUGGCUUCGUGCCCAUGUACGUGGGGGAGAUCGCGCCCACUUCGCUCCGUGGGGCGCUGGGCACUCUGCACCAGCUGGGAAUCGUCAUUGGAAUCCUCAUGGCACAGGUGUUUGGGAUGGAGUCGAUCAUGGGGAACUCCACUAUGUGGCCCUUCCUGCUGGGCCUCACUUUCAUCCCGGCCGUGUUGCAGUGUAUCCUGCUGCCCUUCUGCCCCGAGAGCCCUCGCUUCCUCCUCAUCAACUGCAACGAGGAGCUCAAGGCCAGGGAAGUGCUGGAGAAGCUGCGAGGCACUGAGGAGGUGGGCGCCGACAUGCAGGAGAUGAAGGAGGAGGCCAGGCAGAUGAUGAGGGAGAAGAAAGUGACCAUCCUGGAGCUAUUCCGCUCGCCACUCUACCGCCAGCCCAUCUUCAUCGCCAUCAUGCUCCAGCUCUCCCAGCAGCUGUCUGGCAUCAACGCUGUUUUCUACUACUCCACCAGGAUCUUUGAGAAGGCGGGGGUUUCUCAGCCAGUCUAUGCUACCAUUGGGGCUGGAGUAGUCAAUACAGCCUUCACUGUUGUGUCUCUAUUCAUUGUGGAGCGUGCUGGGCGAAGAUCCCUUCACCUCACUGGGUUACUGGGGAUGGCCUUCUCAGCGGUCCUGAUGACAGUUGCCAUGGCACUGCUGGACCAGCUGCCAUGGAUGUCGUACGUUAGCAUCGUGGCCAUCUUCAGCUUCGUGGCCUUCUUUGAGAUUGGCCCAGGCCCCAUCCCAUGGUUCAUUGUGGCUGAGCUCUUCAGCCAAGGUCCUCGGCCCUCUGCCUUUGCCGUGGCUGGAUUCUCCAACUGGUCAGCUAACUUUAUAGUGGGCAUGACCUUCCAAUACGUUGAGCAACUGUGUGGCCCCUACGUCUUCAUCAUCUUCACCGUGCUGUUGCUGGGCUUCUUCGUCUUCACCUACUUCAUGGUGCCCGAAACCAAGGGACGAUCGUUUGACGAGAUCGCCGCUGGCUUCCGCCAUGAUGCCGGAGAGGCAGGGGAGAAGUAUGCGCCUGACGAGAUGAACAGCCUGGGGGGAGCCGACUCCCAGCUCUAAGCCCUCCGACAACACCGAUACAUACAUACAUACAGUUGAAGUCGGAAGUUUACAUACCCUUAGGUUGGAGUCAUUAAAACUAGUUUUUCAACCACUCCACAAAUGUCUUGUUAACUAUAGUUUUUGGCAAGUUGGUUAGGACAUCUACUUUGUGCAUGACACAAGUAAUUUUUCCAACAAUUGUUUACAGACAGAUUAUUUCACUUAUAAUUCCCUGUAUCACAAUUCUAGUGGGUCAGAAGUUUACUAAGUUGACUGUGCCUUUAAACAGCUUGGAAAAUUCCAGAAAAGUAUGUCAUGGCUUUAGAAGCUUCUGAUAGGCUAAUUGACAUCAUUUGAGUCAAUUGGAGCUGUACCUGUGGAUGUAUUUCAAGGCCUACCUUCAAAUUCAGUGCUUCUUUGCCUGACAUCAUGGGAAAAUCUAAAGAAAUCAGCCAAGACCUCAGGAAAAAAGUCUGGUUCAUCCUUGGGAGCAAUUUCCAAACGCCUGAAGGUACCACAUUCAUCUGUACAAACAAUAGUACGCAGCCGUCAUACCGCUCAGGAAGGAGACGCAUUUUGUCUCUUAGAGAUGGACGUAUUUGGGUGCGAAAAGUGCAAAUCAAUCCCAGAAUAACAGCAAGGGACCUUGUGAAGAUGCUGGAGGAAACAGGUACAAAAGUAUCUAGUAAAACGAGUCCUAUAUCGACAUAACCUGAAAGGCCGCUCAGCAAGGAAGAAGCCACUGCUCCAAAACCGGCAUAAAUAAGCCAGACUACGAUUCACAACUGCAGAUAGGGACAAAGAUCAUACUUUUUGGAGAAAUGUCCUCUGGUCUGAUGAAACAAAAAUAGAACUGUUUGGCUAUAAUGACCAUUGUUAUGUUUGGAGGGAAAAGGGGGAGGCUUGCAAGCCGAUUAACACCAUCCCAACUGUGAAGCACUGGGGUGGCAGCAUCAUGUUGUGGGGGUGCUUUGCUGCAGGAGGGACUGGUGCACUUCACAAAAUAGAUGGCAUCAUGAGGGAGGAAAAUUAUGUGGAAAUAUUGAAGCAACGUCUAAAGGCAUCAGUCAGGAAGUUAAAGCUUGGUCGCAAAUGGGUCUUCCAAAUGGACAAUGACCCCAAGCAUAUUUCCAAAGUUGUGGCAAAAUGACUUAAGGACAACAAAGUCAAGGUAUUGGAGUGGUCAUCACAAAGCCCUGACCUCAAUCCUAUAGAAAAUUUAUGAGCAGAACUGAAAAAGUGUGUGCGAGCAGGGAGGCCUAUAAACCUGGCUCAGUUACACCAGCUCUGUCAGGAAGAAUGGGCCAAAAUUCACCCAACUUAUUGUGGGAAGCUUGUGGAAGGCUACCUGAAACGUUUCACCCAAGUUAAACCAUUUAAAGGCAAUGCUACCAAAUACUGAUUGAGUGUAUGUAAACUUCUGACCCAUUGGGAAUGUGAUGAAAGAAAUAAAAGCUGAAAAAAAUAAUUCUCUCUACUAUUAUUCUGACAUUUCAAAUUCUUAAAAUAAAGUGGUGAUCCUAACUGACCUUUGACAGGGAAUUCUUACUAGGAUUAAAUGUCAGGAAUUGUGAAAAAAACUGAGUUUAAAAGUAUUUGGCUAAGGUGUUUGUAAACUUCUGACUUCAACUGUACAUAGAUAGAUAGAUAUAUUUUAUUUGACCAUGUAAAACAAUAUACAACCACAAAUGUGGAUAAUGCAUUUAAAAUCAAGCAUGACACGAGACAUGUUUUACGAUCUAUUUCCAUUAUAGUCCUCUUAAAUAAAUGGUUCAAAAAUGUACAAACAUAAACAUACUAGGCAUACUUGGCUUACACAUAUAACACAUGACAUAACAGGCAUAGUUGGCUUACACAUAUAGCUAACGCAUAACAAAUCAAAGGAUAGGAGACAUUGUCAUAGCCAUAGAGCAGGACUCCCUCAACAGAUCAGCGAUCUCAGGCUCCUAAAAUGAGAUGAUGGUUUGAUGAUGGUGAUGAAGUUGGCUUGCCGGCUCUGAUAUAUUAUACAAGGGGGUGUUCACAGGUUAUCCUUUUCAAAUGAAUUAUUGGGUAUUAAAGCGUCUUGUUACUACAGUAUUAUCUGUCAUAUACACCGAAGACUAAGCUUCACAGUUACUAAGUACAC